AUGGUGCUCACUGACAAGCAGCGGCAGGAUCUUCAUCAAGCCAUGCUGGACUAUCUCGUCGGCAUGGGUGAACGGUUCGCUGCCACAGCCGCUGCCUUUGAGAACGAAGCAGACGUGACCAAGUCCAGUGAUGGCAAACACGCCGGUCUGCUGGAGAAAAAGUGGACGUCCGUCAUUCGCUUGCAGCGCAAAGUCAUGGAACUCGAGACAAAAGUGGCGCAGCUGGAAGAGACGGCGAAACUGGGCGGCGUCUUGAGUCGCAGGGACGUGCUCGGGGCCCGUCAGCGAGCAGAGUUUCUACCACGAGUGCCUGCCAAGCUCACGCUGACGGGGCACCGCUCGCCCAUCACCUGCGUGGCUUUCCACCCCGUGUUCAGUGUGUUGGCUUCAGCCAGUGAAGACGCGACGAUCAAAGUCUGGGAUUUUGAGACGGGCGACUACGAACGCACGCUGAAAGGCCAUACAAAUCCCGUGCAGUCGGUGGCAUUUAAUGGUUCUGGCUCACUAUUGGCAUCGACAUCAACGGAUUUGUCCAUUAAGAUCUGGGACUUUUCCAGUGAUGGAGAAUAUGAAUGUCUAAGGACAUUACGUGGACAUGACCAUAACGUUUGCGGAAUCGUAUUUGGACCAGACCUUGCAAGCGAUCGUCUGUACUCGUGCUCGCGUGAUAAUACAAUCAAAGUGUGGGAAUUAUCAACAGGCUACUGUGUCAAUACACUUAAUACUGGACACAGUGAUUGGGUACGCGACAUUGCGGUGAGCGAUGAUGGACAGUAUUUGGCGUCGUGUGGCAAUGACCGCUCGAUUCUUUUCUGGGAUCUGCAGCACAUGCGCGUGUUGCAGUCUAUCCGAGAACACGAGCAUGUUGUGGAGAGUGUUGUCUUUGCCAAGACAGGGAUUCAACAACAGGUGAUCGGACGGGCACAUGCCAAAAAAGCUUGCAGCUUCAGGAGCCUUCACGCCGGCUAG